GAAGUGUGAAAAAAGUAGUUUAGCUAAUCUCGUCUUGUAUUACUACUUCCAAAUCUUAAUUCACAUUCAUUCUCCAUCCGUCUUUCUUUGUUUUCAUUUCUGGGUGCUUGGAAAAGUUCUAAAGUUGGGCAUUGUUUGACUUUCUCUUUUUACUGUUCAAUCUCUACACAAUCUGCGCUGUUUGAUUAAAUUGACUUUUCGUAAGGAUUUAUUACACAAUGUCUCUGGCAAGUUUUGAUGACAAUGAAGUGGAUAUUGUUAUUGGCGCUUUACGCUCUGACCUUAUGUCUUUCCUGGAGGAAUGGAGACCUAUAUUCUCUCGUUUUCAUCUGAUAAUUGUAAAAGAGGCCGGCCUCAAAGAAGUAAAAAUCCCUGAAGGCUUUGAUGCUCGUGUCUACACCGAGUCAGAUAUAGUCAAAGUAGUCGGGUCUGCUAAUGCUACUCUAUUUUCUGGAUACUCAUCUCGUUAUUUUGGCUAUCUUGUAUCCAAUAAAAAGUACAUAAUAGCAAUUGAUGAUGAUUGCAGCCCAGCUAAAACCAAAAAUGGCGAUCUAGUAGACAUAGUUGCCCAACACAUUAACAACCUUAAAACUCCUGCGACUCCUUUCUUUUUUAACACACUUUAUGACCCAUAUCAAAAAGGAACAGAUUUCGUUCGUGGCUACCCAUUUAGCUUACGUAGUGGGGUCCCAUGUGCUCUUUCAUGUGGUCUGUGGCUUAAUUUUGCAGACUAUGAUGCACCCACGCAAGCACUUAAACCGGAUAUGAGAAACUCUAGGUAUGUUGAUGCUGUUUUGACUGUACCUUUAAAGUCUAUGAUGCCCAUGAGUGGAGUCAACAUAGCAUUUGACCGAGAGUUGGUGGGACCUGCUAUGUUACCUGCUUUGAAGUUGUCGAAGGAAGGAAAGGUUAGAUGGGAAACGAUGGAGGAUAUAUGGUGUGGUCUUGUUGUAAAAACGGUAUGUGAUCACUUAAAGCUGGGUGUAAAAAGUGGAAUUCCAUAUGUCUGGAGGAACGAAAAGGGAAGCGCCAUUGAUAGCUUGAAAAAAGAAUGGGAAGGAGUGAAGCUUAUGGAGGACGUGGUUCCAUUUUUUCAGUCAUUGACGUUGUCUUCUUCAGCUGUGACAGCAGAAGAUUGUGUGGUGGAGAUUGCUGCCACUGUGAAGGAGCGGUUAGCAUCAUCACAUCCGGUUUUUGCAAGUGCUGCAGAUAGCAUGCUGGGAUGGGUGAAGCUCUGGACGGCAGUCAAAUCUCAGGUUUCUUCUUGAAUUCUGGAAAUGAAACUUUCAGAUUUUUCUUUUUCUGAAAGACGGGCAAUAGGAACUGGAAAUAAGUAAUGGUCUUUACCAUAUGUUAUGAUAUGAGAUUUAUACUUGAUGUCGGAACAAGUCUAUAACUUUUUUACUGAGCUGCAUGCCUGCAUACUUUCUAAUUUAUGUGUACUUAGUAACUUGCAUUACAUGCUUUAUUUGUUUAUGUAACGGAAUAUAUUUUGUCUCA